GUAAUGCCACCUUCUUUCUGAUCUAAUCCGUCUAGCGCCUUUCGAAUACUUCUUCCACUUCAAACCUUCUUGUCCAGCUAGAGUGUCUGAUGUAACACAACCUUGACCAGCUCUCCUCUUCAAAGUCAACGUAUCCUGCCUGAGAUGAACAGAACCAAGACCAAUUCCAACAAGGUUAUUGAACGUUGUCAUUGACUCCGUACGUACAUCCUCGCCGCCUCUGUUCUCUCGAAAGAAGAUAGCACUAGUUGAGUUGCUUGCUAUCCAAGGGACCAUGAAACCACGGAGGCAGCGCAAGGAUCGUAGAACCAGCAGCAGCCUUGUUGAUACUGACCAACAACAUUCAUCACUGCCGCUCCCAAUCGAUCUCACGAUCGACAUCUUCUCCAGGCUAUCCCUCAAGUCCGUCGCCAUCUGUCGUUGCGUAUCCAAGCCCUGGGCCUUGGUACUUGGCCGUUCUGAUUUCAGGGAUCUGCGCUUGACAAGGUCUCAGGCUCGCCCGCGGCUACUGUUCGCCUUUUGGGAAGGUAAUAACCUCUUCUUCCUCUCUUCACCUCAACCUCAGAGUCCUGAUGAGAUGUUGUCUGUUGCGGCCGAUCAUCACAUGAGUUUCUCCUUUGAUCACCCUGUCAAAGAUAUAUCUGCAAGUGUCAAUGGCCUUGUAUGUGUCCGUAUUAGUGGUCACCGGUUCGUAAAUGGAAGGAGAUUCAAGGUGGAGGAGUCGGUGUUAUGUAACCCCAGCACGGGACAGUCACUUACUAUACCCAAAGUGAAGACAAGGAAGAGGGUUGGGAUAGUAAGCUUACUCGGGUAUGAUCCCGUUGAGAAACUACACAAGGUAUUGGGAAUGAUUUGGCUUCUUCACAAAGGCACAACUAUGGAGCAUCAAGUGCUUACAUUAGGAGGAGGACGAGGAAGUGAUGAGAAAUUGACAUGGAGAAUGGCUGAAUGUGGCAUCCCAUGUCCAUGUCCUUCUUCUUCGGGUACACAGAAUAUAUGCAUUGGUGGUGUUUUCUAUUACAUCGAGGCUCAUAUGAUAAUUUGCUUCGAUGUUAGAACUGAGAAGUACAGCUUUGUUAAGCACCCGAAAAGGAAACUGCAUCAUCGGCUGCUAGACUGCAACGGUAAAUUGGCUUUAGUACCAUUGGGCAAAAGUUAUUAUUUCGAUAGUGAAACUGUUAAGAUGUGGGUUCUAGAAGACCCCGAAAGACAUGAGUGGUCCAAACGUGUUUACACAUUGCCCCCUAUGUGGAAAGAUGUAGUUGAUCCAGAGGAGUCGUUAGUGAUUGUUGGAGUGACUGGUCCUAAUGAAUUCUUUAUGUCGUCCGAAUAUUCAGGUGAGCCUUUCCAGGUUUACUACUGCAAUUUCGACAAGGAGACUGUAACAAGAGUUGUAAUCCAAGGAGUGGGAGCGUUAAGGAGUGGCAUGGGGUAUUCUAUUUACACCUAUCUGAACCAUGUGGAGGAUGUGAAGCUUAUGGAAUUAUAAGGAUAAGCAUCAGAUUUUAAGAAUUUUUAUGGAGAAACUAUCGGUCUCAAAGCUCGUCCAUCAUAUUGAGGCCUUGUGAAAACUCCUUGUUUAUUGCUCUUGUAAUGUCACCUUACUUUUGAAAUUCCUUAUCAUCAUUACAUGUUUCGGUUAAGGAGCAAAUGAUUUCAAUAGAAGCCAUGGAACAUGAACUCCAAUAGUAAAAAAGUUUUUAUUUUAUUCUA